AUGGCGACGACUCCCAGCGACGUGAUUGGAGGUAAACUUGCGGUCGCUCGCCAGAACGCACAGAUUCUAUAUUCAGAGUUGCAAAAGGCGUAUAUGGCGCUUCAAGAUGCUUCGCUUUCUGAAGUGCUGGCUCCAGUUCCAUCAAUACCACCCAGACGCUAUCUCAAGCUUUAUAAUACGUUAAAGGGACACAGAGACAAAAUAGCCCAGGUCAAAUGGGACCACAGUUCUCGGAGGAUCGUGCUGGCGUGCCAGGAUGGCUUCAUGAUCAUUUGGGACGCCAUUACAGGUUUAAAGCUUCAGGCCAUUCCGCUUGAGAAUUCGUGGGUGCUUUGCUGUGCAUACUCCCCCAGUGGUCGUUUGGUUGCUCUGGCAGGUUUAGACAACAAGUGUUCGAUCUAUAAAGUGAAUAUUCCAGAACCAGGCGACCCUAUUACGUCACAGCCUGGUUCUUUUGAGCUUUCAGAGCUUUCAAAGCCUCACAGAGCUGGUCCUGGCUCACACGCUGCUUAUGUCAGUGCUUGCGAGUUUAUCGCCGAGAACAAGAUCCUUACGGCGUCUGGAGAUAUGACAAUAGCUCUUUGGGAUACUCAGAGAGGUAUAAGGUCAUAUGAAUUCUUGGGACACACAGGCGACGUGUUGCUGAUGCUGGCGAAACCAUCCCAAAAUACGUUCUUAUCAUCAGGCGCAGAUGGUCUUGUGAAGGUCUGGGACCUCAGAGAGAAAGGGCCGGUGAUGUCUUGUAAUAUACUGAAAACCGAUGUCAACGACAUUGCCGAGUUCCAGGAUGGUAACUCUUUCAUUGCCGGAGCCGAUGACGGAAUAUGCAAGCUCUUUGACUUGCGUUCAGAGUGUGAGCUUGCCAGCUACGAGCUUCUGGCCCAGUUUGCGCCAGCAAAGAAUACAACCGUGAUAACCACACCUUUGCAUUCACAUUUUGACACGCCAGGUGUGGUGUCGUUGGAUUUGAGCAGAUCAAAGCGGAUCUUGUAUGCUUGCUACGCAGACUACGGGUGUAUUGCAUGGGACGUGCUCAAGAACGAAAUCAUAGAAUCUAUAGGAGUUGGCAGCGGAUGCCACAGCGGGAGAAUAUCCCAGGUGGCGGUCAGUAAUGAUGGAGAAGGAUUGGCCACGGCAUCAUGGGACUCGAUGAUCAAAGUAUGGUCUACGUGA